CUGUGGUCUAAUACAGUGUACAAUUGAAUACAUUGCAGCUCAAUCCUCUGACAGUACAACUGCGACCACACCUGUCCAAAUAUCAUUGUUUGCAACACUAUGGAGUCCAUCCGUUCGUGAAGAUAAGAACAUCAGUGUGUUUACUAGAGUUGAGAGUGCAACAGAAUAUCCUGAAAUACUGACCAAUGGAAGCACCACUCAAACCAGAAAUUUUAUCAACGUGCAGUUAGGCGUGCAAGAAGUAAUUGUGGACUGUGUAGAUCCGUGGAUACUUGCACUCUCUGUCAUAGUCGGUCUAUUGGUUGCACUCCUUAUACUCAUUGCUGCUUCUAUUUCCACAUUUGUUGGUCAUGGAUACUUCAAGAGAAAGAAGAACGAAGAGCUUCGGAAGCGUUGGAGGGAGAUCCAGGAAACUGAUGGGAGUCUUGGUGCUAGAGUCAUACCACCACUAGAGUCCUUUGCAGCUCCUUCCAGCAGAAAAGCAAGUAAAGAUGAUGAAGCAAAGGAUAAUGAUAAUGGCAGUCUCCGUCCACCAAGAUACAGUGAUCUUGGCCCUAUAACUGAGAGUUUAGCAGCUGCAGCAGUAGCAGGAGGUUUGCCUAAUGACGAAGACGAAUUAGAAACAGAAAUAUAAUUGAGAACAAUUAUCAUUAUUAAAAUGAAAAAAACUGCAUAACAGAUAAUACAAUAUCCCCCAAUCAUAAUAGAUCAGAUUUAUUAUAAAUAUUAGAAACAUUGAUUGAUUAUUAUACUCAAAA